AAAUACCUCUUCAAUUUAUAUACUAAACCAAUGUAAAACUGCAACAAAACUUCACUUUUUAAUUAACUUGCUUCUCAGGAAAUCAACUGUAAAUUUGUAUUUUUUUUCCAGCACAGAGUGGCUUUUAUUUUUUUUUGAUAUCUUAGUAAAAACUGCAUUUUGAUAGCUCCAGAUAUAAACACCCAACUAAUCAUGACAUACAAUUAGUCUAUUUAUGGCUACAAAAAGCAAGCCUUGUUCUCAUUAUGCAGUAAGUACUAGCUGUUUAUAGAUCUGACAGUUUGCUGGCAGUGAUCCAAACCUAUAGUGCUAUUAUUCCUUAGUAAAACUUAAACAGCUGCAGUCAUGUAAUUCAAAACCCUGGAAGCUGCUGCAGUGCUUGCUCAACCUCAGUAUACCAUGAAUGCAGGAUGCUGCCAGUCAUAUAAAGGAUCCUCUGCUUCACAUUAUGAAAGAAAGACGUGAACUACAAACCUGAAUGCAACCUGGAAUUUCCAAACAGAUGAUCUUGUGACAGCCUUCUCAAAAGUCCAGGGAUCCCACAUACCCCAGCUGUGCCUCCUCAGAUCUGCACAACACUGAUUCAGACUAUCCAAAAAUUUCAACUUUUCCAGCUGUCACAGAAGAUAACUGCAGCCAGCUGAAUGUCAGGAUGCAAGUAGUUACUAUUAUAUUACUUAUUCUUCUUUGUCAUGCAUCUGACUGUAGGAGGACAAGGAAUAGGAGUUUGAGACACAAUGAAAGGGAAAACAUCUUAAGGAGAGCAUCUAGCACUGUUAAGCGCAAUGCCCGAGGCCUAACAUGUGAUAUUUACACUUAUCUUCAUGAGAAAUACUUAGAUUGUCAGGAAAGAAAAUUGGUUUUUGUGGCACCUGAUUGGCCAGAGGAUAUAAAACACAUGCUCCUAGCAAGAAACAGGAUUCGAAAAUUAAAGAACAAUAUGUUUUCCAAGUAUAAAGUACUGAAAAGUCUGGAUUUACAACAGAAUGACAUAUCAAAAAUUGAGAGCGAGGCUUUUUAUGGUUUGGAUAAACUUACCACACUCUUACUUCAGCAUAACCAAAUUAAAAUUUUAUCUGAGGAGAUUUUUAUUUAUACACCUAGUCUAAACUACCUACGUCUCUAUGACAAUCCCUGGCAUUGCAGCUGUGAACUAGAAACUCUUGUUACAAUGCUACAGGUUCCAACAAACAGGAAUUUGGGAAAUUAUGCCAAAUGUGCACACCCAAUAGAACUGAAAAAUCAAAAGCUAAAGCAGAUAAAAGCUGAUCAGCUGUGUAGUGAAGAGGACAGGCAGGAUCCCAAAAACAUAAAACGGGAGAAGCCUGAACCUGUCAAACCAGAAUUUGACUCUUCUUUGUGCCACAUGUAUGUGUUUCCUGUGACAACUCUGAACUGCAGAAGAAAAGAUUUAAAGAAAGUUCCAGGUAACAUACCUCCAGAUAUAGCUAAACUUGAUUUGUCCAACAACAAAAUUAGACAGCUACGAGCCAAGGAGUUUGAAGAUGUCAGUGAACUGAAGAUAUUAAAUCUAAACAGUAAUGGAAUGGCAUACAUUGAUCCUGCUGCUUUUUCAGGCCUUAAUAACUUAGAGGAGCUGGAUCUAUCAAACAACAGCUUGCAGAAUUUUGAAUAUGGAGUACUGGAAGAUCUUUACUUUCUGAAAAUACUAUGGCUGAGAGAGAAUCCUUGGAGAUGUGAUUACAACAUACAUUAUCUUUUCUACUGGCUGAAGCAUCACUACAACGUUCACUACAAUGGCCUAGAAUGCAAAAUGCCUGAGGAAUAUAAAGGAUGGUCUGUUGGAAAAUAUGUUCGAAGUUAUUAUGAGGAAUGCCCAAAAGACAAGCUUCCCAUUUAUCCAGAAACUUUUGAUCUGGACAAAGAUGACGAGGAAUGGGAACGACACAAAGAGCAAACAGUUCAGACAGUAAAGAAGCAUGGUGUUAUUGUCACCGUGAUAGGCUAAUAAGGGAACCCUUUCCCUUAGUAGAUUUAAAUAUUUGAUACUUUGAAAAAGAAAAACAUGCUGUUUACAUUUGUUCUAAUUAUUCUGUUGGUUUUAGGACUAUCUGCCUACAAAGAUGUCUUUUUACUGCAGAUAAUAACUACAGAAUGACAUUAGUUCAACAGCAUCCUUCAUCUAGUAAUUGUUUUUGUUCUAGACAAUUUGUUCUGGACACUCUUGUGAAAUAUUUUGGUAAAUAUUUGAAACUAUACAGUAAAAAUUGAUAGACACAAAUGUAUAUAAUAUGGUGGGGAGGAGCUGUCAUGUAUGAAUACAAUUUAUGUGUUCACACAGAAAUAGCUGCAGGACUGUUUUGAAAAAGACACAUUUUUCUUGAAUGUAUUGACAGUUCUUUGUAUCUAUUAGUUUCCUGAAAUAUUCCCAGAAAACAUUUCUAAGAUUUUUAUAUCGACUUCCUGUUGUUUUAUUGUAGACCAAAAAAACAAACUUAAGACAACUCUUAAGUACAAUUCUAGAAAAAGAGGAAUGGCAGUUGUUACACUAAUUAGGAUUCAAACACAGAGGGUGGGUUCCACUUGCUGAUUUACCAGUGUUCCUCCUCAGUCUUGAACAAAUAACUCAGCCUCUGCCUCUUCCAUACCUGAGCUGCCUUAAAAUGUUAAUGUUGGUUGGUUCCCAAGAUCCAGCUCCCCAUGCUCAUAAUUCCCUUGUUUGGUUUUUGAGGCAGGCAGAGCUGAAAUCUUUCCGGGAAGAAUUUUAGGUUGUUGUAUCAGUUUGACACAGAUUACAUGCCAUGACUUCUAGGUAACGAUGAUCACAUGAAGGAUGCUGUGGUCUGCAUCCAGCACAUCAGUGCCCACCCAAACUGAAGGUAAGAGUACUUUUGAGAGCUCAGACGUGUGGGACAUCCUCUAAGUUCACUCUUCCCUCAGGUCGUUUGUAAAAUGCAUGUUACAGCACCUCCUUGACAAACAACCAUCUAUGUGAAUAUGCAUUGAAUAAAACCUGUGAUCAUUCUAAUACUACUACUACUACUACUAGUACUACUACUACUGCUCAGGGUUACAGUAGCAGGGCUGUACAAAUACCUCUGCUAAAUAGAUGAUAUCGUUAAAGAUAAAAUUCCAUGCUACAUAGUGUACUUAGAUCACUAAGAAAUGCUGAAGUGCAGAGUAGAAAUUCAGGGCCAAAAGUUUAAAUUUCUCUUGGCUAUCGUGGAAGAAGUUCUGGGAGACUCCAGGGAGAAAGUUUGCUCCUUUAAAGAUCUGGAGACAAUUAUGGUGUUUGUGCACUUCUCUGGUGCUUUAACCACGGGUCCCAAAGGUCAUGCAUUUUGUUUUACUAGACAAAGCACUGUGCUUUAGUGCUAACAUGAAAUGAAAGAACAACAUAAAGGAUAAAAUCAGGAGAUGUUAAGGGUGGUAGGAAUGCCAAACAAUCUCAAAGCAAACACAUUCCAUUAUUAUUUGCAUUCCUUUAUGUCCUCCAUUAUUCAGAUAUGAAUAUAUUUAAUUGCGCUUUACUGACAAAUUGGAUAAUUUAGCCAUUUCUCCCACAAUACCCUUCAAAAACUUUAUAGCAAAAAUACAAGAUUAUCUGACUCAUCCCUGUUCCUGGAAAUAUCUUAAGCAUUAUUGUAACUAAUAAAGGUUAAUCCUGAUAAGAUGGACAGAGAGGAAAAUUCAAUUUGCCAGUAACAUUCACUAAAUAGGGCAUAUUCAGGAAACUUAUAAGUGCUGAAAGUAAAAAAAAAAAGGUCUGCCACAAAUAGUAGCAACUAUUAAGUGAUGUUGUCCUCCUCCUCUCAAAUUCUGGAGAAUUAUUUCAGUACAGAACCACUGGGUAUAAUUGAAAAGGACAG